AUGGCGGACGCGGUGGAUGCCCGUCGGGUCUGCGGGAUGCCGGAGAAGGCGCAGCUCCACGUGGCGAUGCUGGCGCUGCAGUUCGGCUACGCCGGCUUCCACGUCGUGUCGCGCCUCGCGCUCAACAUGGGCAUCAGCAAGCUCGUCUUCCCCGUCUACCGCAACAUCAUCGCGCUCUUCCUCCUCGUCCCCUUCGCCUACUUCCUCGAGAAGAAGGACCGGCCGAGGCUCACCCUCAGCUUCGCCGUCCAGUUCUUCUUCCUCGCCCUCUGCGGCAUCACCGCUAACCAGGGCUUCUACCUGCUCGGCCUCGACAACACCUCCCCCACCUUCGCCUCCGCCAUCCAGAACUCCGUGCCGGCCAUCACCUUCGGCAUGGCCGCCGCGCUCCGCAUCGAGAAGGUGCGGCUCGACCGCCGCGACGGCGUCGCCAAGGUGCUGGGCACGCUCGCGUGCGUCGCCGGCGCGUCUGUCAUCACGCUCUACCAGGGCCCCACCAUCUUCGCCCCUGCCGACGACAAGCCGUCGUUGCAGCAGGAGGUGCCGUUUCUGGCGGCCGUGGCCGGGGAGGGCAAGAACUGGACGCUCGGGUGCGUGUACCUCAUCGGGCACUGCCUCUCGUGGUCCGGUUGGCUGGUGCUGCAGGCGCCCGUGCUCAAGAAGUACCCCGCGAGGCUGUCCGUCACCUCCUACACCUGCUUCUUCGGCGUCAUCCAGUUCCUGAUCAUCGCCGCCUUCUUCGAGAGGGACGCCGGCGCCUGGGUCUUCCACUCCGGCUCCGAAGUCUUCACCAUCCUCUACGCCGUGGCAGCUGACAUGGCAAAUGAAAACGGUACUACAUACAUGCAGGGCUUCAUCGCGUCCGGCGUGGCGUUCGCAGUGCAGAUUUGGUGCAUCGACCGCGGGGGCCCGGUGUUCGUGGCGGUGUACCAGCCCGUGCAGACGCUCGUCGUCGCCAUCAUGGCCUCCCUCACCCUCGGCGAGAAGUUCUACCUCGGCGGGAUCAUCGGCGCCGCGCUCAUCAUCACCGGCCUCUACCUCGUGCUCUGGGGCAAGAGCGAGGAGAGGUCGCGCAUCAGCAAGGAGGCGGCGGUCAUGGCCGCAGCUUCCUCCGGCAGUGGCGAGCGCGAGGUCCGGAGCGCCAAGCUGGCCUCCUCCAUCACCCAGCCUCUCCUCCCGCCUUCCUCCACCACCUCCGACAAUGUCUGA